AGUCAAGGAGGUAGCCAGGUUGGUUAUUUAAAGUGACAGCUUUUUACUUCAUUCGCAAAAUCUAUGCAUGUGCUUGAUUUAGUUAGCGAUCGCUUUAUCUUCAAGGUGUAUAGUUAAAGGUUUUUUUCCCCUUUCUUUCAUCUUGUGUAUUCUGGAAAUAACCAAGUAGGGCAGCCUUGACAGCUAACUAAUUAGCUAAAGCUAACACUAGCUGCCGUAGACCUGAUGAUGCCGGGCGGAGAACAUGAGAGGCGAAAGGUAUACCAGUUGAUUCGGGACAUAAAGUUAAAAGAGAUGGCGAACUUUGGUCCAUCACAAGAAUAGUGUGCUCCCAUUUUUAGCAAAAGAGGAUGUUGCUGUGCUCCAGUUCUCAAGACCAUGGGAUACAAACUACUAUGACUCACAACCCAGCCAGUUGCUGGGUGUUCAGGAGACGAGAAGAAAAAUGUACAUUGCUAGCACCACUGACUCUACAAGAUAGCAGUGGAAAAAAAUAAAACAUUGGAAAUUUUUAAUACAUUUCAGGAAGUCACCAACCAAACAUCAUUUCUAACCUUUUAAAAAUGAACUUCCUCUCUGCCUUUGUGACAUUUGAGAACCUCCAUGAGGUACGACGGUUGUGCCACUGGGGUCCAGUGAUAGCACUGUCUGUCAUUGCUGUGUGCUCCACCAUGGCCAUUCUGGACUCCAUUAUUUGGUACUGGCCAUUAGACACUACAGGAGGCAGCAUAAAUUUCAUCAUGCUCAUCAACUGGACCGUCCUUAUUCUCUAUAACUACUUCAACGCCAUGUUUGUUGGACCCGGGUACAUCCCUCUUGGCUGGAAACCUGAGAAUCAACAACACACCCACUUCCUGCAAUUCUGCAGAGUGUGCCAAGGCUAUAAGGCCCCCAGAUCCCAUCACUGCCGCAAGUGUAACAGGUGUGUGAUGAAGAUGGACCACCACUGCCCCUGGAUCAACAACUGCUGUGGUCACCAGAAUCAUGCCUACUUCACCAGCUUCCUGCUGCUGGCGCCACUGGGCUGCUCACAUGCCGCUAUCAUCUUCAUUAUGACCAUGUACACUCAGCUCUAUGAGAGGAUCUCAUUUGGCUGGAGCACUGUGAAGAUUGAUAUGAGUGCUGUGCGACAUUUUCAACCACUCAUGCCCUUCACUAUGCCUGCUUUUGCUGCCACGCUCUUUGCCCUGGGCUUGGCGCUGGGCACCACCAUUGCUGUUGGCAUGCUUUUCAUCAUUCAGAUCAAAGUCAUCCUUCGAAACAAGACCUCAAUUGAGGCCUGGAUCGAGGAAAAGGCCAAAGACAGAAUUCAGUACUACCAAACGGGGGAGGAGUUCAUCUUUCCUUAUGACCUUGGCAGCCGCUGGGGGAACUUCAAACAAGUCUUUACGUGGUCAGGAGCGCCCAAGGGUAGUGGCAUUGAAUGGCCAGUCCACCCCGAGUGUCACCAGCACACCUUAACUAUCGAACAGCUGAAGCAGAAAGCUGACAAACGAGUGAGAAGUCAGGUCCAGUACCAGGCAGUGGAAGAUUACAGUGGAGCCUGCUGCCCUGUCAGCAAAGGUCUCCACACCUUCUUCAGAACCCCUUGCACUGAAGAGCCUCGGAUCCCCCUCCGCAAGGGGGACACCAUCCUGGCUACCCGGGGAACUAAAUGGUGGAUGUAUGGAGACAAAGUGUUGAGUGAGGAGCAAAUAAAAGCGGGAGAGCGCAUUAGGGGUUGGUUCCCAAGGCGAUGUGUGGAGAAAUGCCAUUACGACACAGCUGCGGAUGACACCAACAGCGAAAAGAAAAUGAAUUAAUAUAUUUCAGCAGGCUUUACAUGGAGCAGGGAGCGUAAAGUGAACUACUUAUGUGCACAUCGGGCAGCCUGUAGGCAACUCUCCAUGAGCCGUGCAUGUACCCUGGUGUCCAGGCUCACUUAAAAAAGGUGGCCGUUUGAUCGGGAUUGCCUAUGCAGAUCGAAACCAACUUCAGAUCUCAAAAGUUGAUGUAACUGAUUAUAGUUUUGAGUGCCUGGGAAGGGUUCUCUGCAUCUAAGAUGGCGUAUUUAAGAUGCUGUUAACUGGAUAAUUUCCCUAUUUUUGAAAUGCUGAAGUGAAGCUUGCAAACAUCUACGAUUCUCUAGAUGUGUGUUUGAAUGGGGACUGGCACCAGGGUUUAAGUUUGACUCCAAUGACCAAAAGUGAAACCCAGCAUGUCUUAAUUUCUAACAGCCACUUCAAAGCUUUGAUGUGACGUCAUUGUAAUUAGAUAACUUUUUACUUAAAUCUGUUGUUUGUACUUCUGUUAAUGUCCUUUUUGCUAAUUAUGCAAUGCCUCUUGCCCAGCUCACAUCCGGGCUUCAUCAUGCAACUGUUUCUAUAGUACAAGGACGGAAACAUGAUUUCUUUUUAUUAUUUUUGUAAAACAAACCGUUGGGACUGAAACUGUAAAAUCUGAUAAUAAUAAUAAAAAAAACUU